CUGAGCCACACUCGUGCUAACUAGCUCGUUAGCAGUUCGGGCUCUUUGCUGCAUUAACUCCGCUGGUGACUGUUUGGAUUUGCUCUGCAUAUUCAUAUAAGGAGUCUGACAUUGUCAAGAUGUUUCUCGUGGGGCUGACUGGAGGCAUCGCCUCGGGGAAAAGCACGGUGUCUUCAAUGCUGCGAGAGCUCGGCUGCCCUAUUAUUGAUGCCGAUGUUGUGGCGAGGAAAGCUGUGGAGCCGCACACGCCCGCCUAUUCGCGCAUCGUCUACCACUUCGGGCCAGAGAUCCUUCUGGAGAACGGCGAGAUUGACAGGCAGAAGCUCGGGCAGCUCGUCUUCAGCGACGAGGAAAAGAGAAAGCUGCUCAACUCCAUCACCCACCCGGAGAUCCAUAAAGCAAUGCUCAAAGAGAUCCUCCUCUACUUUCUGAGAGGUUACCGCUAUGUGGUGCUGGAUGUGCCGCUCCUCUUUGAAACGAGACGUCUCACCCAGUUUCUGAACCACACAGUAGUGGUUUACUGUGACCCUGCCACUCAGCUCUCGCGCCUGAUGCAGAGGGAUGGCCUGACCCAGGAGCAGGCGGAGCAGCGCGUGGCUGCGCAGAUGCCGCUAAAUGAGAAGCGCGGCUUGGCCAACCACGUCAUCGAGAACUCCGGCGGCCGGGAGGACACCCAUCGGCAGGUGCUGCGGCUCCACACGAGGCUGGAGGAUUCCAUGGACUUCCUCCUGGUGCGGGUCAUCGCCGUCGCUGCCACUGCGGGCCUGAGCGGGAUCCUGCUGUACGCAGCCAAGAUACUGUUGUCCUAACACAGGAGGCAUGGGGAGCCAAAUGCUCUCAAGCUAAAAAUGGUGAAAGAUGAGGAUGAGAAUAGAAGCAGGUUGGUGGCACUGAUGCAAUUUACUGUGAGAUUAGUUUCACAGCACCCGACGACAGCCUAGGGCGCUCGAUGUGCUCUGUUGGCACUUAACAUGAACUUACACUAUUGACAUUACUUGCACUGACACAUCUUUAGUGGGAAGGGUUUCCUUGUGCAAUUUCUGUUGGUUCUUCCCAGAAACCUUUUAAUGAAAGAUGCUGCACAGGUUUGUUGCUAUACAACAGUCGGUCAAAGUCCAGAGGCUUGGUUUUUAAUGAGUUAAAUAAUCAAAAGUGAUGAAGAGAUUGUUUCACCUCUACACCUUAUGAACUAGAUUGUGGAUGUAGAAUAUAAAACACUCAACUGUAGAGAAUCUAGAUUAACAAGCGACACUUCCUGCAGUUUUAAUUUGUUGGACACAAACCCUAACUUCACUUAUGGAGUGUGUCACAAUAUGUUUUUAAUUUGAAUGAAUUUUAGUAUUAAAAUCAUGAAGCGAUCUGCUGCUGGGAUGCGUUACAGACCUGUAUAAUGAGUAUUAGUGACGGUGGAUCUGACAAUCUAUUAGCAGACUGUAUUUUCUUACACUUGAAGCUGUCCACUGUAAAUAUGAAUGCCGUGAGGUUGCGUUUACUCACCUUUAACUAAACACAUUUGUAAACGUAGCUGCUAUGGUUUAAUAGAAUGAUCCAACACUACUGUUUUAAAGCAGUGGCCCGAUG